AUGCUUAGAAAUCUGACCUAUGCAUUCAAAUCUUCCUCAUAUGUCUACCCACUUGUCCGUCUGCCUCUCAACGGAAUGAAAUAUUCGACCAAAGGGCCAAAUCAGGAAGGACCCACAGAGGAAGAGCUCACUGAGGAAGGACCCGCAGAGAAAUCGGCCCUUGACCAAUCAUUCAAUGUUCCCCAUAUCAACAAGAGUAUCAAAGAUGUUCUCAAAGAUUUAGAUGAAAUGGAAACAAUGGUGCACAAAAGGAGUUGGUCAAAUUUGGGAGAUAUCUUAAGCCGUAUAAGAGAUAAGAUAACCAGUCUGCUCGGCAAGGUCGAGAAGAAAAGUGUUCCCGAAGAAAAGAGCUCGUGGUGGGGAAAUAAAGAGGAGAAGUAA